AACAACGGCAACAUGGAUGGUAUAAAGACGCGUCGUUCUGGCCAAACGGCCGCAGUCUGGAACCACACGCGCCUGACAGCAGCUUGUGUCACCUCCAGCACUCCAGCCACCAGAUUUCCCUUGCAUCCUUGCAUCUCAGGAUAAGCAGCCCAACUUUAAACUUGGAAACAAGAAACAAGCCAAGUGUCGCACAAGAUGGCCAGCAUCGCCAUCGUUGGGGGCGGCCCCGCUGGCCUCUGCCUCGGCGUCCUGCUUCACAAGCAGGGCAUCCACUUUACAAUCUACGAGCUCCGCGAGCCCCCUUCCAAGGAUGCCACGGCGAUGCCCUCGGGCAUGCUCGACCUGCACGAGGAGUCCGGCCUCGCCGCCAUCCGCGCGUGCGGCCUGUGGGACCGGUUCCUGCCGCUGACGAGCGACUGCGCUCCGAGCAUGCUCGUGAUGAAUGGUGAGAAGGCGAAGAUCACGUACCGAUAUGACGGCGGGCAGGAGUACCGCCCUGAAAUAGCCCGCAGCCUGCUGGCGGACCUGCUACUCUCGGCGGUGCCCCAGGAGAACAUCCGAUGGGGACACAAACUGGAGUCGGCGAGGAGAACCGCGACUGGUAGGAUUGCUCUCGACUUUGGCGACCGCGGCACCUUUCAGCACGAUUUCGUUGUCGGCGCCGAUGGCGCAUGGUCAAGGGUCCGCCCGCUGGUGACGGAUGUGAAGCCGCAAUACGGCGGCGUCAGCUUAUCUACGCUACGGGUCCUCGAGGCGAGCACACGACAUCCAGAGCUAUCCUCCCUCGUGGGCAAGGGAUCCUGCGCCAUCCUCGCGAACCACAACGGCCUCUUUACGCACCGGAGUCUCAGAGACUCUAUCUGGCUAUACGCCAUUGUCAGCGGCGGCGACGAGCACGCCAUCCAAGACCGGACUACGGGCCUUAGUCCGAAAGAAUUUGAGGACAUGAUGAUGAGCGACGAUAAGCUUUUCGGGACUUGGAGUGAGCGCACAAAGGCACUGCUGGAGGCGGCCUGCCGCGAGGAGGACGCCCUCGAGGGCAAGGUCCCGCCUCUCAAGCCCCUGUACAUGCUGCCCCUGGACCACAAGUGGGAGGCCCAGCCGGGCGUGUCCAUCAUCGGCGACGCCGCGCACCUCAUGAUGCCCUGGGCGGGCGAGGGCGUCAACCUGGCGCUGUGGGACUCUCUCGACAUCGCGGCGGCCAUUGGCAAGGCGUGGGAGCAGUGCAACGGCGGCAGCGGCGGCGAUGACAGCACCGGCAAGCUCCAAGAGGCACUGCUGCCGCUCGUGGCCGAGUUCGACGGCAAGAUGUUUGCGCGGUCGAGCGUGGCGGCGCAUGAGACGUGGGACAAUAGUAGGGUCUUCUUCUUCACUGACGACGGCGCGCAGGCCAUGGCGGAUAUGAUGCCCCCCGGGCCGCCGCCCGAAUAAGGGAGGGAGACGUGGCAUGACUGGUGCGAGGUUGGAUCGCGAACUUGGACCGAGAGAUAGGACAGGGGAAUAGGUGAAGAGGACACGACACUGGGGGUCCAUCGGCCACAACUCUUAAUGUGGAUAGCGUCAUGGAGAUGUUCCCGGACAGACGACGCCGACUAUGGCUAGAUGUAGUGUAUUGG